ACCUUUCCCACAAUUAUCGACGAGAUGAAAGAGAAUCCACCAAUCAGCGAUCACCGCGGUUUAAUUUAAUUGGACUACAUCGUAAUUUAUGUGUAACUUAUUACUCAUUAAAUGAAAUAUUGUGGGAUUAUUGAUAUCUCAAUAUCGCUAUUAUUACGAUUUGUAUUUAUUAAAAUCGUGUGAACGGCGAAUUUUAUAUUUCUCUAAUGUGAUUUUUAAUUUACCGUCAUGCAUCUCAAUGUAUAUGUAUACAACCAAUAACGAUAAAUCGUUUUAUACAGAGAACCAAUUAGAAUACUGUAUUAGAAUUUUUCUGAAAUCUUAUAUUUAUCUUGAAAUGCAAGCCGCCAAAAAUAUUUGAACGGUGAAUGUAACUUCGUGGGUGAUACAAAUAAGUGUCAUGAAAAAUAUGAAUUUAUUAUUUUUAUCGAAUAUAAACGGUCGAUCCUUUAAACAAUUAUGAGUAUUUUUUCUUUUUCGAUGCUUAUUUAUCGAACACAUGAUAUUUGUCGUUUCUUUGGAUAAUUUAUCUUCGGGAUAGCUUCUCUAAUUAAAAUUAAUUUCAAGAAAGAUUUUCUUGAUUGACUCGUUAAAUAUUUCAAAAUCUUCUUUUAUACAUGAUUGAUCCAAAUUUCUGACGUCAUGGAUGAAUUAGGAAGUUCUAAUCUUCAAAUUGUACUUAGUAUUAAAGAAGGAAAAGGUUUUGAACAGAUUUCACAACCAACGAUUCUUAUUGCAACAUUAAAUGGUCAUUCUUUAGAAUCUGAUAUUAUUGAACCAAAUUCAAAUCCACAAUACGCAACUGAUUUAGUUUGGGAAACAGACAAAACCUCUUUAAGGAAAAUGAGAUCUGGACAAACUCCUUUAAAAUUAGAAUGUUUCGCUUUAAAAGAUCAUAACAAUAAAGAAAAAAUUGGAUAUAUUCUUCUUAGUAUAAGAUCCGCACAAAUUAUACUUAAAAGUAAAGAAAUAGGUAUAAAAGUAAACUGGCAUACUUUAUUAGGAUUGAGAAACGAUCUUAAAGCACAAAAACCUGAAUUGUUACUAUCAUUAAGCAUUGAAGAUCGAGAAUAUGUUACCUCAAAUUCUUUGACAAAGUUGGAUUAUGCACAAUCAUUUGAUUGUCCUACUUCUAAAACUAAUAUGGUAACUCCAUCUUUAAUUUACGAAGAACGACUUAUACAAUUAGGACCAUUAAAUCUUUGCAAUGAAAUAUUUCUUUUAAAUAUAAUAUCAAAUACUGUAAUAAACUUGGAUGCAUUAUUGCUAGAAAAUUCAAAUGGCGAUAUAAAAGAAAAUCUUUCAAUUUGGUAUUAUAUAUUAGAAAAUGACGUGAAACUCAAACCUUUUAUAAAAGAUACUGAAAAAACUUUGAUUCUUAAUGAAAAGAUUGUUGUAAGAAUUAGAAGUUCCUUAGAUACAUUAAGAAGUUAUUUGCUAUUAAAACCAUAUUUGAAUGUAUCUUUAAAAUAUAAAGAUAACAUUGUCAGUCAAUUUCAAAUUAAUUUGCAACCAUUAAUUAAUGAUAUUCCUGAUUUUCUUGAAUUUACCAAUGGCAAAACAACAGUCUUAAAUGAACGAUACUAUCUAAAUCAAACAAAUAUAUUUCAUCCUAUUGAUAUAGAACAUAAUCAAUCUUAUAUAGAUUUACAACUUAAACUACAGUAUGUCGGAUCAAAAGAAAAUUUAAAUAAUUAUGAAACUAAUCAAAUAUUCGCAGCUGAAAAUAAUAUGACAUUUUUACCUAUCAAUAAACAUAAUGAAGAAUAUAAAAACACCUUUCAUCAAAAAUUUACUGAAAUCGAUAUGCAUAGAAAUCCUGCAGGUGACUUUGAAAAAUAUACUUGUGAACGAAUCAUAUCUGACCAUAAAAAUUUAGCUAUGCAUCCAACAAAUUGUGAUAUGCAAGAAAAUUCUAUACCAGUAAUAUCUCAAUUACCAAAUAGCACAGAUUACUCAAAAAGUGUGGAAGCUUAUCAUUGUUAUUGUUUGGAUAUAAUAUUAGUCGCAAUCAAAUUAUCUUCAGGACCUGCAGUACAAAAUAUUGAAUUCAGAUUUCAUCAUCCAAAAGCAGAAAUUAUGUCAACAGUUCAUUCUAAAAUGUCAGUUCUUUUAGGAGAAAAAGUCAUAUUAAGAGACAUUGGUUGCAAAUUACAUUUUAUAUCUACAACAGAUGAAAUCAAACAAUUGUUAGUCUCUUUUCCUCCUAAGAUUAGUAUAUAUGGUAUGGGUGAAGAUGUUAAAACUUAUAUAGCACAGUUUUCUCUUGAUAUAAAAAAAUUAUUUCAUCAUGACAAGUGGAAGUAUGAAUACGAAAUGCCUUUAUACAAUUCAGAGGAAAUUAAAGUUGGUGAAUUAGAUAUUGUAGUUAGUUUACUCGAUCAUGGUCCAUACUACAGAAUAAAACAGAAUGUCUCUGAUCAAAAUUUUGGUCCACCGAUUAUAGAUGAUAGUUUAGCAUAUAAAAUAGUUGAUGAGUUAGAGACAUGGAAAGAGCGACAAAAGGAAAUAUUUAGAGUAGAGUUAAAAAAAAAAGAAGAACGUCAUUUAAAUCUAUUGAGCGAAGAAUGGCAAAGGCAAAAGGAAAAUUUAGAAUCAAAACUAGCAUGUAGUGUCGAGCAGUGUAAAAUGUUAGCGAAUAAUCUAAAUAAGGCAACUGAUGAUUUAAGAACACGAAGAUUAAAAAAUCUUGAAAAAGAAGCUAGAUUAAUUAAGGCAAAUGAAGAUUUGCAUUGGAGAUAUGAAGCUAAAAUUCAGGAAUUAAAGGAAUCAUUACGUAUAAUGCAAGAAGAAUCAACAUCAAAAAUACGUAUUUUUGAAGAAAAAAAUGCUUCUCUUGAAGCUAGAAUUGAGCCUUUAUCUAUAGAAAAUGAGAAAUUACGACAAAUGAUAACAAAGCAAGCAGAAGAAUUAGAAGUAUAUCAAAAAGGAUCUCUUACACAAGAUCAGACAGCGACUUUGUUACAAGAAUUGAAAACUCUUGAAGAAAAAUAUAAUAACGCACAACAUAAUAAAACAUUUUUUAAGGAAGAGUGGGGUAAAGCAGUUCGUGAAAUUCACAGAAUGAAAAGAGAACAUCAGCAAACCAUUGAAAUCCAAAUUAAAAAUAGUAAAGAGGAGUUAAAAAAUUUAGGUUUGGAAGAGAUAUUAUGUGCAGAUUCAACAGCUUUAACAAAUGAUCAAAUCUUAUUAGGGCAAAUUCAAAAAGAAAUAGAUGUAUUUAAACCUAAUUCUUUAAUGAAGGAAAAACAUCAACAGAUUCUUACACCAAUAACCGAGAUAUUUUCUAAAAAUUCUCAAACUAAUAUAAAAACUAUCUUACAUAAACCAGAAGAACACGAUGAACGAUUACAAGCUCUUAUUGAGGAACGGGAUUCUCUCUUAAAAACUGGUAGUUAUACUAACGAUGACACAGUAAUUGUAAAACUUAAUACGGAAAUUAGGAAUCUUUUGAUGAAUAGUUGA